AUGGCUGCUGAACAACCCAAGAGUUACCCUUCACCUGGAGAGGCGGAGAAGGUCCCUGUUGACUUGGCCAAGAUCAAGGCUACUCCGACUUUCUGCCCUGGAGACAAGCAAGAUGUCACCCAUGUCCACAACUAUCUCAAGCACUACGGGUACAUGCCGCUGUCCAUCGCCGCAUCUGAUGCAGCGGUGGACCAACACACAGGCACAGCCCUCAGAGCCUUUCAGGAGUUCUUCGCACUCAAGGUGGACGGGACCUUUGGUCCCGAGACGAGAGAGGCGAUGACCACAUCUCGUUGUGGGUUCCCUGACCUUUUGCACUCCGUGGGCUUCGCGACCCUCGGUCCCUGGAAGCAUCGCGACCUCAAGUACUGCUUUGGAACCCAGUCCACUCAACUCAGCGCCGACGUCUGCAAAGCUGCCAUGCGGCGGGCCAUGAAAACCUGGCAGAAUGCCGGCGUCGGCCUCUCCUUCACCGAGGUAGCUUCCAACCAGAACCCAGACGUCUUCAUCGAGUUUCGUAGAGCCAACGACCCUGACUACUCAAUGGUCGGUGGCGUGUUAGCUCACGCAGACUUCCCUCCGGGGUACUCCGUGGUUGUCACGCAGCUUCCAUUGCCUACUCAUUUUGACGAUGAGGAGCACAAGUGGGUUGACGGCGCUGUUGCCAAUGCCUUUGAUGUGGAAACGGUUGGGCUCCACGAGCUUGGUCACAUUCUUGGGCUUGCGCAUACAAAUGUCCCGGGAGCUGUCAUGUAUCCAUCUGUUACGCCAAACUUCACCAACCGCGCGUUGGCGGCAGAUGAUCUCAACGGUAUCCGAAACCUCUACCCGUACUGGCGAAACAUCGGCGGGACGUACUAUGGAAUCCCUGCUGUCGUCUCUUGGGGAGCCGGGCGUACCGAUGUCUUCGUCCGAGGGACUGACAAUGCCGUCUAUCACAAGUGGCAAAACGGCGAUGGUGCUGCUUGGGGGCCUGCAGAGACUGGCUUCGAGAAUUUGGCCGGGAGGAUAAAUGGAAACGUCACGGCUGUUUCCUGGGGCCCCAAUCGCAUUGACAUCUUUGGUCUGGGAACUGACAAUGCCUGCUGGCACAAGUCGUGGAACGGCACGGCUUGGAGUGGCUGGGAGAGUCUCGGUGGCGGAAUCAUUGGCGAUAUCUGCGCCGUUUCCUGGGCUGCUAAUCGCCUUGAUCUGUUCGUGCGUGGAAUGGACAACUCAGUCUAUCACAAAUACUGGGACGGCAGAGUCUGGGGUCCCAGUCCGACAGGCUGGGAGUACCUUGGCGGCAAGAUCCUAGGAUCUCCCAAAGCAAUCUGCUGGGGGCCGAACCGAAUCGACAUUUUCGUUCGGGGCACGGACAAUGCUGUCUUCCAGAAAACAUGGAACGGAUCCAUCUGGCAGCCAUCCGUGACGGACUGGAAGAGGCUCGGCGGUACGAUUAUGGACGACAUCACCCUUGCCUCAUGGGGAGCCAACCGUCUGGAUCUGUUUGUAAGGGGCACAGACAAUUCGGUACACCAAAAGACAUGGAACGGCAGUGCAUGGCUUCCGUCCGAGACAGGGUGGACUAGCCUUGGGGGAACAAUCAUGUCACGCCCAUCAGCGGUGGCCUGGGGAGGGAAUAAGAUCUCCAUUGCGGGCCAGGGAGUGGACAAUGCCGUUUGGGUCAAGAAGUGGAAUGGCUCAGCAUGGAUCGACUGGACCUCUAUUGGUGGGAUCGUUACGGACGAUCCAGUCGUUGAUCCGAGGGGAGGAGAAAAGUUGGCCAUCUAUGUUCGCGGCACGAAUGCAGCUCUACAUGUCUUCAACUGA